GUUAGCCAUGAAGGACCUAGUAGGUCCAGAAAAUGCAAAACUGAAACCGACAUGCCAUUUGCUUUGCAGCCCAAUCUUCUAUUUCGUCUUGAGCAGGCGAUCAGCUGUCGGCUCUAUUCAUGUUCCACGGCGGCCGAAGCAGCAGCAUAACAACUCGCACAAGGGAAUGCUGGGACGAAGGCUCCUCUCUCUCCUGAAGACAAGGACCCCAUCAACCUCAUCUUCAUCACAGGCCUCCGCCACUGCUUUGGUAGAGGAAGAGAGUGGAAGAUCAAGCGGCAAAAGAUGGGGCAGGAGGGCUGUGUCGGGGGCAUUGAUAUGCUUAACUGGAGGUGUUGCUUUGAGCGCUCUUGAUGAUCUUGCUAUUUAUCAUGGUUGUAGCAGCAAGGCCAUGGAGAAAGCUAGUAAGAGCCAAGCAAUUAUUGAUGCCAUCGGAGAGCCCAUAGUAAGAGGUCCUUGGUAUAAUGCCUCGCUUGCAGUAGCCAAAAGGCAUUCUGUUUCGUGCACGUUUCCUGUUUCUGGACCACAAGGCACUGGAAUCCUACAGUUGAAGGCUGUUCGUAAUGGAGAUGACAGCUGGUUUUCAUUUUUGCGACCUCGUGACUGGGAGAUACUACUUAUGGAAGCUCUCCUCCAUGUACCUGGUAACGAUGAGAAGCAGCAAACAUUUCGUAUUAGCGUAUCAGAUUUCUUACCACCUCCACCUUCGCCUGUUCCUGCCUGCAAGGCAUGCACUAUCUCAUCUCAACAGCCAGAGAGUUUAGAUAAGAGUUGAUUGUUAGGCUAGAUUAGUUUUCAAAGUCUUUUGCUUCCUCUUCUUCAUUUUUUUUUUGGUUAUUACGCCCAAUUGCAAUUUUGCCAACAUUGUAGUCGACUAUAAUGGAGAAAGAUAAUAAAGGUUGGCGGAGUCUAUAUCAUCCCAAAGUUGUGGAAUUCGAGUUAGGCUCUGUGCUACUUCAGAGCUUUUCCAAUUAAGAUGGAUCCCUUGUGGUGUGUAUUCAACCGCUGAUGGAAUUUUUAGGCAGUCAAACUGGGUAUGGAUUUUCAUUGGUGAGGCUUCGUGCGGGGAAAAUGUCAAUUCUCACCCGUUUGAUGGGUUACGCUACCAUUAAGUUUCUACCUCUUUUCUUGUUGUGCGUACAUGUUUUCCUGUGGGAGCACGGACGCAAAAUGGAAGGUGACACAAACAUCUGUAAUAUUUGAUGAUUGUCGUGGUUUAACUA